CCCUUUUUUUUUCCGUUCUCCAGUUCUCAGACUUUUUGAGCCCACACCAAUCGAACCAAUCAAAACCAGAUAUGAGCGGCUUCAACUCGCCCGGUCUGUCGCACGGCUCUGGCUCUGGGAGCAGCAACAGCAUCACCUCGACCGCUGCCACCUCAGCUGGUGCUGGUGGUCUGCGCGAACGCCAGAUCGACGGACUGCGCGCAAUGCUGAACGCCACGUCCUCGUCCUCGUCGGUCACCCAGCUCGGGUCGUCCGCCUCUGCACCCGACGCCGCAAUGUGGAAGGUGCUCGUGUACGACCGCGCUGGCCAGGAUAUCAUCUCGCCGUUGAUGAAGAUUUCCGAGCUGCGCGAUCUCGGCGUCACUUUGCACUUGUUGCUGCACUCGGAUCGUGAACCCAUCCCAGACGUUGCGGCAGUGUACUUUGUCAUGCCAACGAAGGAAAACAUUGAGCGCAUUGCAAAGGACUGUCGCGAUGGCCUCUACGACACCUUCUACAUUAACUUUAUCUCGAGCCUUUCGCGCAACUUGCUGGAAGAGCUCGCCUCGCUGACCGUCCAAAACAACUCUUCCAACCGAAUUUCCAAACUGUUCGAUCAGCACAUGAGCUUCAUUUCGCUCGAACAGGAAAUGUUUGUGCUGCGGCCGCAAGACAAGGAGCGCACGUCCUACUAUGCCAUCAACAACCCUGAAGCGAAAGACGCGGACAUUGAAGGUGCCGUUGACGACAUUGUGGACAAUCUCUUUGGCGUCCUGGUGACGAUGAGCACGAUUCCUGUCAUUCGCUGCCAACGAGGUCACGCGGCCGAAAUGGUGGGAGAGCGCUUGGACACACGACUGCGCGAUCACCUCAAGAGCAAACGCGCCAACCUGUUUGCAGAGGGUGCUGCGGCAGGUGCAAGCGCGCUGCAGCGCCCCGUGCUCAUUCUGCUCGACCGCAAUAUUGAUUUGGCGACCAUGGUGCAACACACCUGGCAGUAUCAACCAUUGGUGCAUGACUUGCUGGACUUUAAGCUCAACCGAGUGACCAUCGGACCGAGUGCAGCCAGUGGGCAGGCGUCUCGCGCCAAGACCUACGACCUGGAUCAGAUUGACUCCUUCUGGACCAACAACCGGGCCAACCCCUUCCCAACCGUUGCGAUGGAGGUUGAGAAUGCACUGAACGCGUACAAGGCACAGGCAGACGACAUUUCAAAGCUGUCCAGCGCGCUUGGCCUUGGCACAGACGGUGCCAGCGCCGAAGACUCGUUGGCAGCCUUGCAAGGCGCUCUCGCCCAUGCCGGCAACCAAAGUCUGGAUGCCUCGUCUACUCAGCGACUCACAAUGGCUGUUUCAUCCCUCCCCGAGAUGCUCGAGAAGAAGCGUCUGAUUGAUUUGCACACCACCGUCGCCACGGCUCUCCUCGAGAACAUCAAGGCUCGCCAAAUAGACACGUUUGUGGAUUUGGAAGAGCGCAUUCUCAGCAAGUCGUCCCUGGAGCGACCCUUGUUGGACGUGCUGAAGGAUCCCGCUGUUGGAACGGCCGAAGACAAGCUGCGGCUCUUCUUGAUCUUCUAUCUGUCCUCGACAGAUCUUCGCGACGCCGAGAUUGCCGAUUACGAGCGUGCGCUGCAAGAAGCUGGUGCCGAUCUGUCCGCUGUAGCGAGCAUCAAACGGCUUCGCGCAUUCAACCGCAUGUCGACCAUGCAGCAGUCAAACUCCUCUGCUGGAGGCGUGCUGUCGCGCAUGACCUUUAAGGAUUUCAACAAGGUGUUGGAACAUGGCUCGGAGUUGUUCAAGCAGGGUGUCAAGAAUCUCUUGCCCACGAAACAGACGCUCCCCGUGACUCGCAUUGUUGAGAGCAUCAUGGAGGCCAAGAGUGGAGCUGACGAGUUCCGCUUUUUCGACCCGAAAGCGUCGUCCGCUGCAAUGGCUGGGCAGCUGGCCACGGCAAAGUCCAAGGCAACCUUCCAGGAAGCGGUUGUGUUUGUCGUCGGUGGUGGCUCGUUUGUCGAGCUGCAAAACCUCCAGGAGUAUGCCAAGAAGCAAGUUCCGAUGCCUCGCCGGAUCACCUACGGUGCGACUGAACUGCUCAACGCCAAACAAUUCCUCGCACAGCUGGACGCAUUGGGCAAGAAGGGUUAAAUCCGUUCUUUGAAUGCUGUGGUGUUGAAACGAUAUCUUAUUACAACUGUGUUUUUGGUGCUAGUCGUAUUGAAAUCAUCCAGUUGUAUUAUACCUUGACACAAAAAAACGACACGCACACACACGCACAGAGCCAAAA